ACAGUUACUUCCACCACCCAAAAAAUAAAAAAUAAAAUAAAUUUUAAAAAAAAGAUGAAGAGAAAUGAAGGUUGAAGAGAGAGAAUAAGUUCUUAUUUAUUUAUUUUUUUCUGCUAUAAAUAUAGAAGCGAAGCCUUUGUUCGUUCCUAAUAAAAACUGAGCACAGAACUCUCUGUUUUUGUGUGUGCGUGCUCAGUUUCAUAGUGUGUGUGUGUGUGUGUGUUUAUUCAGUAGGGUUUUGGUUUUUCUCUCUCUAAAACUGCGGAGUUUUUUAGAGAGAGAAAGUGAGGGAUUCUUUUUGUUUUUGUUUUUAAUGGAUGCAUACUCGUUGCAUUUGGCCAUGGCGGCUCUGGUCGGAGCUUCGUUCGUGGCCGUAUCGGCUUACUAUAUGCACCGCAAAACCCUAACUCAGCUGUUGGAGUUCGCCAAGACUGUGGAGCGGGAGAGGGAUGACAUCAACAAGAACAACUCCGAUGGAGCCGACACGCCGCAGCAUUUGAAGAAGCGCCGGAGUUAUGCUCGGAGAAAAGGGAAUGAGUAUUACCGCCGUGGUUCGGCUUCGUUGCCGGACGUCACCGUGAUUUCCGGAGGGAUUGACGGCGAUGAGAGGCGGAACGGUCAGGUUGUUUUGGAUGGUAUUCCGCCUGGGUUGCCGAGGCUUCAUACGCUUCCCGAAGGAAAAUCUUCUGGGUAUGCAGGUUCAACCAAGAGAACCGGUAACCUUAUCAGACCAACUUCUCCCAAGUCUCCUGUUGCAAGUGCUAGUGCCUUUGAAAGUGUAGAAGGGUCUGAUGACGAAGAUAAUAUGACUGAUAUUGCUAAACUAGACACUACAUAUCUGCAUACUAAUGGAAAUGCUGGACCUGAGUGUAAAAUCGUAUAUGAGAAUUUACCCAACCAUGUUAAUACCAAUGCAGAGCAAAUGCCUAUACCUGCUUCAAGUAUGAUUCGAUCCCAUAGUGUAUCUGGUGACCUGCAUGGCACUCAACCUGACCCAAUUGCAGCUGAUAUUCUGAGGAAAGAGCCAGAGCAAGAAACUUUUGCUCGGCUCAGAAUUACUCCUAUUGAGGUUCCAUCACCUGAUGAAGUGGAGUCCUAUGAGUUUCUUCAAGAAUGCCUUGAAAUGAGGAAAAAAUAUGUAUUUACAGAAGCAGUUGCCCCAUGGGAAAAAGAAGUUAUAUCUGACCCCAGCACCCCAAAGCCUAAUCCAGAGCCCUUUUUCUAUACUCCAGAGGGGAAGUCUGAUCAUUAUUUUGAGAUGGAAGAUGGUGUCAUUCAUGUUUAUGCAAAUAAAGAUGCAAAGGAAGAGCUUUUCCCUGUUGCCGAUGCCACAACUUUCUUCACUGAUCUGCAUUACAUACUUCGAGUUAUAGCAGCUGGGAAUAUCAGAACUUUAUGCCAUCAUCGAUUGAAUCUUCUGGAACAAAAAUUCAAUCUUCACUUGAUGCUUAAUGCGGAUAGGGAAUUUCUGGCUCAAAAAAGUGCUCCACACCGUGAUUUUUAUAAUGUCAGGAAAGUUGAUACACAUGUUCAUCACUCAGCAUGCAUGAACCAGAAACAUCUGUUACGGUUUAUAAAGUCAAAGUUAAGGAAAGAGCCUGAUGAGGUGGUGAUAUUUCGUGAUGGGACAUACUUGACCUUGAAAGAAGUUUUUGAGAGCUUGGAUUUGACUGGGUAUGACCUGAAUGUUGACCUAUUGGAUGUUCAUGCAGACAAGAGCACGUUUCAUCGAUUUGAUAAAUUUAAUCUGAAGUACAAUCCCUGUGGUCAAAGUAGGCUCAGGGAGAUUUUCCUUAAGCAGGAUAAUCUGAUCCAAGGUCGUUUCCUUGCUGAGCUGACAAAGCAAGUUUUCUCUGAUCUUUCUGCAAGCAAAUAUCAGAUGGCUGAAUAUAGAAUAUCAAUAUAUGGUAGGAAGCAAAGUGAGUGGGACCAACUGGCUAGCUGGAUAGUCAACAACGAGCUGUACAGUGAGAAUGUUGUAUGGUUGAUUCAGCUUCCACGGUUAUACAAUGUGUACAAGGAAAUGGGGAUAGUAACAUCCUUUCAGAACAUUCUUGACAAUAUCUUUAUGCCACUUUUUGAGGUUACUGUGGACCCAGAUUCACAUCCUCAACUGCAUCUGUUCCUGAAACAGGUUGUUGGGUUGGAUUUGGUGGAUGAUGAAAGCAAGCCUGAGAGACGCCCCACAAAACACAUGCCUACUCCAGCACAGUGGACCAACGUGUUCAAUCCUGCUUAUUCAUAUUAUGUGUACUACUGUUAUGCUAACCUCUACACCUUAAACAAGCUUCGUGAAUCAAAGGGAAUGACAACUAUCAAAUUCCGUCCUCAUUCGGGGGAGGCUGGUGACAUAGACCAUCUUGCGGCAACUUUUCUUACGUGUCAUAAUAUUGCACAUGGAAUCAAUUUGAGAAAAUCUCCUGUUCUUCAAUACCUGUAUUAUCUUGCACAGAUUGGCCUGGCCAUGUCUCCACUGAGCAAUAAUUCCUUAUUUUUAGACUACCAUCGGAAUCCUUUCCCUAUUUUUUUCUUACGAGGUCUUAAUGUUUCUCUUUCUACUGAUGAUCCUCUCCAAAUCCACUUGACAAAAGAACCUCUGGUGGAAGAAUAUAGCAUAGCUGCUUCUGUCUGGAAGUUGAGUUCAUGUGAUCUAUGUGAGAUUGCCCGUAAUUCAGUCUACCAGUCAGGUUUUUCACAUGCCCUCAAGUCGCACUGGAUUGGGAAAGAGUACUACAAGAGAGGACCAGAUGGAAAUGAUAUCCGCAAAACUAAUGUGCCUCACAUCCGAUUGGAAUUUCGUGAUACGAUAUGGAGAGAGGAGAUGCAACAAGUUUAUCGGGGCAAGUCUGUUAUUCCAGAAGAAGUUGACAAGUGAUGCAAGAUGGGCCAAAAUUAAUUUGCUUUUGAAUGGUCAUUUAUGCUAAAAAUAGCCCCAAGGGAAUGAAGUGCAAUUUGACCUGUUCAUCUCAUAUGUAAUAUAUGGUAAAAUCCAAUAUCAUGCCAGCUGAUGAGAGAAUUGUGUUGGAGGAAGUCAUUUGCUAACAGAAAUCGGACAGCAUUGAGGUAGACCCUGUACAUUACAAAAUUAAGUUCUGACAGAUGAUACACUAUGGUUGAUAAGGGUUCGAGGCUAGAAUACCCUGUUCAAUGUGUAUCUUAUAAAAAAGAUAUUUCGGUUAUCUUCAUAUUAAAUGUGGUUUAGGGUUAGUGCAGAAAUAAAUAUGCCUUGAGCUGCGUUUUUGUACUGUUGCAGUGUAGUUGUGUUAAGAUUUCCGCAACAUAAUGCAUACCCAUGGCAAGAAAGGGAAAAAUGAUAUCUUGCCACUUCAAA